AUGAAGCUCAUCCUCGCAAUCUUUGGCGCGCUACUCCCUCCCACGAGCGCGUCGGCGCAGACUACCUUUGCCGACAAGCCCGACCUACAGAACGCGACCGACCUGUGGUGCAGCAACGAGACGGCCGCCCUGGCGACGUACGGCAACAUUACAGACAUGAAGUGUCUGUUCAGCGCUUCGUUGUGGUGCGUGAGUAACGGCGGCGGCUCCACGACCGGCAAGCGCACGUGCAACCCCGACAUUGGGUCGUGGGUCACGUCGGCGGUCACCACCAUGGUCGCCAUGUUUGAAUACGCCACCUCCUUCGACAAGGACAUCUCCUCGUGGAACACGUCUGCGGUCCUCGAAAUGGCCUACACGUUCCGCGGCGCCUCCUCCUUCGAUAAGGACAUCGGCUCGUGGGACACGUCUGCGGUCCUCGACAUGCAAUGGAUGUUCGCCAAUGCCUCCUCCUUCGACAAGGACCUGAGCUCGUGGAACGUGUCGGCGGCCACCGACAUGGCCCUCAUGUUCGACGACGCCUCCUCCCUCAGCGACUGCAACAAGGCGCUCAUCCAGGCCAGCUUCGCCGCACAGACGAGCGCGUGGGAAUACUCCUCUGCGACGGUCCAGCGCGCCGACGGCGAGACCGCCCUCCUCUCCUCCCUCUCCGCCGGCGACGCGAUCCUCGCUGCGGCGGCGGACGGCACCCUCACUUUCGAUGGCGUGAGAGCGUUAUUUCGCUUACUUCUACUAGGCACCCUCGGCUUCGACGUCGUCUCCUCCUUCUCGCUGGCCGACCUGCAUACCACUCAGGUAAUCGGCCACCAAUCGCAUUUCGGCGGCCUGCUUAGCUGUGGUGGCUCUGGCUGCUGGGUCGACGUAGCCCGCCAGCAGCGUGUGGCGCGCAAGCUGUCCGAGCACCAGAGAGUCCUCUGGGCUUUGGAAGGCGGCCGCCGCGGCUCGUGCGUACCCGCCAACUGA